UAUACAAUUUUAUAUAAUGUUAUAUGAUUAUAUAAUUCGCAAUUGCUCCUAUAUGCGAGAUGAAGUUUGACGAACCGUUACAAAAUAGUUUGCAGUCACACGUAACUCAAUAACCACAGGAUCAUGUAUAAAACGAGUAUCUCACAAUCAGUCCAAGAAUAUUUCAGCUGGAAUAGGAUUACAUUACUCGCCGUUGGCUUGUGGCCUUAUCAACAAUCAAGGUUUGCUCGAUUUCAGGCAGCAUUGUGUCUUAGUAUUUUGACAAGCUUCGUCGUAUUCGUGCUUUCAAGAAUUUGUUUUGUAGAAUAUGACUUUGAAUUUACUAUUGAUAUGCUUUCUCUAUCAACGUAUUAUAGUUUUUUUCUGAUGAAUUAUAUUUCCUUUUGGAUUAACAUAGAAACUAUAAGAUAUAUAUUGGAGCAAUUUCAAUACAUUUACAACAGACUAAAGGAUUCGAACGAAAUUGCUAUCUAUAACAAAUAUGGAAACAUUGCAAAACGAAUAACGCUCGCCUGUAUAUUAAUUGGAAUAUGCAAUCAUGCUUAUCUUACUGUAAUACAAUGUGGGCCAUACAUUUUAGAUGUAAUUAUGCCCAAAAAUGUGAGCUAUGCGCGCCACCUCAUAGUAACUCUGACUACAUACUUCGCCGUACAGGAAAGAUAUUUCUAUUUAUUGCUCCUAUAUCUAAACGCAGUUUGUACUGUAGGAACAGUUGUAAUCUUAGCGGUAGGAACAAUGCUGGUAUCAUGUUUCAAAUAUAUCUGUGGAAUGUUGAGAGUUGCUAGCUACCGCUUUGAACAAGCAAUAACUGCUAUGGUACAAAGUAUUACCAUAAAAAAUGAAACCAUGAUUUACAAGGAGUUUAUCUGUGCCGUGGACAUUCAUCGCAAAGCUAUGGAGAUUGCCAAAAUUGUUGUGGGCGACAUGGAACGAUCACUUUUCAUUGUUACAAUGAGUACUGUGCUUUGUAUGAGUUUGAAUCUUUAUGGAAUAUUGCAAGUUGAGUCACCUAUGCAAGAAAUGGAAAAGCUAAUAGGACAUUGUGUUAAUAUCAUUUGUCUUUUUCUAUAUAUGUUUAUAUCCAACUAUUCUGGACAGGAAAUUAUGGAUUCUAAUGAUCGUAUAUUUCUUACAGUUUACAAUGCUCCAUGGUACUUAGUACCGUUGAAGAUACAGAAGUUGAUCUUGUUCUUAUUACAAAGGAGUAACAAAGCUUUCACAUUGGAUAUCGGUGGAUUAUUCACAUUAUCUAUAGAGAGCUUUGCUUCGCUAGUGAGUACAUCAGUAUCUUACUUCACUGUUUUGCUAUCUUUACGAUAAUAAAGAAAAUAUAACACAUCGUAUAGUAUCGUAUAUUAGAAUAGAGUAAAUUAUAGAUAUAAAACUGUUUAAAAAUGCCGAUAAUCUCUUGUCCCAUUGAGCUUAAAAAAUUAGGAAGUUGGUACAAUCAUAUAAUCUGAUAAAAUCAGGUCUGAAAUGUUUCACACAUUAAACGUAUAAAAUUUAUCAUUCGAAGAAAAGUUGCAGAUGA